AUGAAGAACCAUCCCAAUCAACCUGGUCAGCCAGAGCCGACAUGCACAGUGGAAAAGCAUUCUACAAUGUCGCCUCUGCCUCAAGAUUCUUCUAUUCAUGGACCUGCUGGCGUGACCCCGUUCAGUAUUGAACAUGGCGAACAGCCAAAUGAGGCUUUUGAGGACCUUAAACGACGCGUCGACGCCCUUUGGAACCGAACAAACGGCGCAGGUGAAAAGGCAUCGGGACCUGCAGUACCAGAACCUUCCAAAGACAAGUCUCCCAUCUCCAUUAACACAGAGGAAAUUACACCGCACCGCACACCCGCACCCAAGUUCACAUACGAAGCCUACAUCCUCCGGCCCUGUGCCUCCAGUCUUCCCAACAGCCUCAACUGGAGCUACAAGAUCGAGCGUCUACACCUCGACGAGGCAGCUCUGGAAGCACACGUCACCAAACUAGGGCCAGACUUUGAUAUUCUCGGCGCAGUGGGCGCACUGCUUCCAGAGCAAAUUUGCCUCAUCCAAGAGGGCAUCAAGCGGCCCUUUGAACGCCUCGUGGUGGUCCAGUUUGGUGCAGCUUUGGAUUUGGUCACGCUGAUGGGCACGUUUCGCGUCAAACCUGUCAUCUUUGUCAUUCGCAGCUUGGCUUCCGAGUCGCCUGUACCAGUAGUUGCUGGCUUCGGUAGGGAGCAGAAUACAGUGUGCAAGUCGGCGGGUGCUGGAACUCGCUGUGGCAUCCCAGAACAUGGCCUGUACCCGCUUCUAAAGGCCUCCGAUGGGAGUGUAAGCCAGUUCAUGACAAUCACACCUGAGCUGGGUUGCAAGUCCGCGCUGGGUAGCGUGUCCUUUGAAGAGGCUCGAGUUGCGGACUAUGCAGCCCGUCGCAAAUAUGCAGAGUGCAGCUGUCUCGUCUUCCCGGCAGAGGAUGUGUCUUUGGGGUUUGACGGACAUGUGGCUGUGGGCGGACGUGGUCCCUUUUUCAAUGUGUGUAGUUCAGCUGGGUUUGGGCAUGGAGCUCAGUCUGCCACUGAUGUACGUCGUGGUUUCGCAGAUUCGACAGGAAGUCUCUUUGGCGCUGUCCCAUCGCCUGGAAAUGCGUUCUCGGGAGGUCGAUAUCCAAAUGGCGGGCGCUUUGAUACGUCUUCAAUAAAUCACAGCCCACUGGGAACCGGUCAACUGGCAGGAGAGAGUCCCAGGGGAACGAUUUCGUUGAUCCCUCGUCAGUCACAACUCGCUCCUGGUCACACUCUCUCCAGAGAGCCUCCACACAACAGCGACAUCUCUCCUAGUUCCAAUUCCCAUAACACUCACGCACCUCCCCAAGGUCUAACCGGAGCUCUAUCAACCCCACCACCACACAUCCAUCCAUUCCCUCCACCAUUCAUUAUACACCCCGCAACCAACCAGAACAUCUUCAACACUCCACCAACUGGAUCAUCAAGCGACACCCAGUCUUCGCAUAUCCCGAAUCCCUCAACUCCCUUCGACUAA